AUAAAAACAUAUCCACAGCACCAAACCUUUUCUCAUUGUUCGUUCGUUUCAUUCAUUCCCCCUUCCCCUCUUUCCUUUCGCCCCAAUUUCCCCUUUUUUGCCCUAUUUUCAAUAGGGUUUUCUCUUUCACGCUCUACUUUCCCAUCUCAUGAAUUUUGCAGACCUUCAAUUUUCAUCCAUCUUUGUUGUUUUUGUCUUCAUAAUCUCGAUUUUUGGAGCUGUUGAGGAUCUGGGUGGCUUCUUUUACUCGGCUAGCUCUCCCCUUUUUUGCCUCUCCGAGGUUUUUAAUCAGCUUUCAACAUGUCUCAGAUCUUCGAUUUCAGUGGAAGUGAGGAAUUUUACCAUGGGGGAUCAAUAUACUCAAACCCCAAGGAAGCUGGUAGCUUUUUGUCCCUUGGUAUUGCCAACCAUGUGGAUGUUUACUUCCCUAACAAAAGGGCUAGGAUCAGUGCCCCUAUUGUAACAGGAGAGAGUGUAGAACAGAAGAAGCAGGUCUCUCUUGAUGUCCUCCCAGACGAGUGCUUGUUCGAGAUCUUCAGACGUUUGUCUGGGGACCAGGAAAGGAGUUCUUGUGCCGGCGUUUCAAAGCGAUGGCUUAUGCUUUUGAGCAGCAUCCCUAGUGAGGAUCUAUGCAACAAAAAUAUGGUUGCUGCUGAUGAAGCUGAGGAGAACGAGAACGAUGGAUUUCUUACCAGGAGUUUGGAGGGUAAGAAAGCCACCGAUGUUAGACUUGCAGCUGUUGCUGUAGGAAGUGCUGCUCGUGGUGGUUUGGGCAAGCUCAUGAUCAGGGGAAACAAUUCCGUCCGUGGAGUUACAGACCUUGGUUUGAAGGCUGUUGCUCGAUGCUGCCCAUCUCUAAAGAGUUUAUCUCUUUGGAACAUUUCUUCCAUUGGAGAUGAAGGCCUUAUUGAGAUUGCCAACAGAUGCCACCGCCUUGAGAAACUUGACCUUUGCAAUUGCCCAUCAAUCACUAACAAGGCCUUGCUCGCCAUUGCCAAGAAUUGUCCAACUUUGACCUCGUUGAGUAUUGAGGGUUGUCAGUAUAUUGGUAACGAAGGUGUGAAAUCAAUUGGACUGUUCUGUCCUAACCUUAAGUCAGUUACCAUCAAGGACUGCCCACUUGUCGGUGAUCAGGGUGUUGCGAGUUUGAUGGCAUCAGCAUCUUUCUCCAUAACUAAGUUGAAGCUACAGGGGUUGAAUGUAACUGAUCUUUCUCUUGCUGUUGUUGGCCACUAUGGAAAGGCCAUUACUGAUCUUGUUUUGACCAACCUUCAGAAUGUGAAUGAAAAGGGUUUCUGGGUCAUGGGUAACGCUGAGGGUCUUCAGCAUCUCAGGUCAUUUACCAUUUCCUCAUGCCGUGGAGUCACAGAUGUAGCAGUUGAAGCUGUUGGAAAAGGUUGUCCUAAUUUGAAACAAUUUGUUCUGAAGAAGUGUGCUUUCAUUUCUGAUAACGGAUUGGUAUCUUUUGCCAAAGCUGCAAGAUCCCUUGAGAGCCUACAACUUGAAGAGUGCCACAGGAUUACCCAAAUUGGGUUUUUUGGUCUCCUUUUUAACUGUGGUCCUAAGUUGAAGGCUCUUACUUUGUCUAGCUGCUUUGGAUUCAAGGAUAUGAUUUUGGGAUUCCCCCUUCCAAUCAAAUCCACACCACUUCGAUCUGUUACAGUUAGUAACUGCCCUGGGCUUGGAGACACGACCUUGGCCAUGUUGGCAAAGCUGUGUCCUCAAUUGCAAUGUAUCAAUUUCAAUGGGCUUCCCUGUAUCACCGAUGCUGGCCUUCUCUCUCUCAUUGAGAGCUGUGAUGCUGGCGCUGGCCUUGUGAAGGUUGGUCUCACUGGCUGUGUUAAUGUGACUGACAACGUUGUCAUUGCACUGGCAAAAUUCCAUGGUGGAACCCUGGAGGUGUUGAACCUUGAAGGAUGUGGAAAAGUGACUGAUGCAGGAUUGGUGGCUAUUGCUGACGAUUGCCUUCUGCUCAAUGAACUUGAUCUUUCCAAGUGUGCCAUUACUGAUUUUGGUGUUGCAUCUUUGGCUCGGUCAAAGCAGCUGUGCUUGCAGAUCCUCUCUUUAUCUGGGUGCUCAAUGCUCUCAGACAAGUGCUUGCCAUUCUUGGUGAAGUUGGGUCAGUCUCUCAUGGGGCUGAAUCUUCAGAACUGCAACUCAAUCAGCAGCACUGUUGUCGACAUGCUCGUGCAGCGGCUUUUCAGGUGUGAUAUCCUUUCCUAAGUGGGAAGCUUAUGUAUGCUCUUCAGUGAAUUCAAGUAGCCUCAGAAGUACAUCAGCAGAAAUCGUGAAUAGUUAAUGUUCGUUUAAGUUUUUUGGGUCCAUCAGUUCAAAAUGGGCUUACCUUUUGCCAGAGACUUGGCUCUUUUUCCAGGAGGAAAACGAUCGAUUUUAUACCCCUUUUUUUACAGGUUUCCUCAAUAUGGGAAAUCUGUUUCAAGAAUUUAUUCUUGAGCGGUCGUUGAUGCCUGAGAUUACAGUUACUGGUCUCUGGAUUUGGAGGGUUUGGCCUUUGUCUAUCUUUUGCUGGGUUUCUGGACCUUCAUUCCAAAAAAAAAAAAAAAAAAAAUUACAAAAAAGAAAAAAAAUAUUUUAGCUUGGCUUUAGACUACUUUAGAGCUGAGUUCUGAACCUUUAGAAGUGUUUUUUCAAGUCUGUGUAUCGGUUUUACCAAGUCCUCCAUGUCCGAGUGGUUUAUGUUCCGCUCAUGGUAGUGGGUGUUGGUCACUGGUGGGUGUUGCUAGUUGUUUACAGUUGCUUUUGUAAGUUCGAAGUAUGGUGCCUUGUUUCGUAGGGGGCUUUGGCUGUGGCAGCAGUAGCUGCCAUUACAAUCUUCAAUAGGUGAGAUUGUUUUUUCAUUAGUUUUGCCAAAGCCUUUUUUUUACAGGCGCCUUUUGUAUGAACUUGUUCUCCGCAACGGAUUUAAAUUAAUGUAAGAAUUAUGAAUAAUAUGCUCGCUCUCUUGUCUAUUA